CCGUCCCGCCGCCAUCUUGGGCGGGCUCCGGGGCUGCGGCGGCGGCGGCGGCGGAGCGGGUCCCUCCAUGGGAAGAUGCAGCGGGCGGGGCCGGAGGAGGCGGCGAGGGCGCAGGCGGCGGCGGGGGGGCCCGGGCGGAGCGGGGCCGAGGUGGUGGCGGCUCCCGCCGGGCGGCUCCUGAGGCGGGAGCUGCGGCUGCUCGAGUCCAUCUUUCACCGCGGCCACGAGCGGUUCCGCAUCGGCAGCGCCUGCCCGGACGAGAUCAGCUGCGAGUUCGUCCCGGGGGCCGGGGCCCGUGCCGGCGCCUCCGCCUCCCGGGGGCCGCCGCCGGGACCCGUCCGUAUUCACUGCAACAUCACGGAGUCUUAUCCAGCUGUUCCCCCAAUAUGGUCUGUGGAGUCAGACGAUCCCAACCUGGCAGCUAUCCUGGAGAGGCUGGUGGAAGUCCGGAAAGGAAAUACGUUGCUUUUGCAGCAUCUGAAGCGAAUAAUCUCUGACCUGUGCAAACUCUACAACCUCCCCCAACAUCCAGAUGUUGAAAUGCUGGACCAGCCUCUACCAGCAGAACAGAGCACCCAGGAGGAGGUGUCCUCAGAAGAGGAAGAUGAAGAGAUGCCAGAGGACACUGAGGAUUUGGACCACUAUGAGAUGAAAGAGGAAGAGCCGGCAGAUGGGAGAAAGACAGAGGAUGAAGGCAUUGGGAAAGAAAACCUGGCCAUUUUAGAGAAAAUAAAAAAGAACCAGAGGCAAGAUUACUUAAAUGGUGCAGUGUCUGGGUCUGUGCAGGCCACUGACCGGCUAAUGAAGGAGCUCAGGGAUAUUUACCGAUCACCAAGUUUCAAGGGCGGAUACUAUGCAGUUGAACUAGUGAAUGACAGCCUGUACGAUUGGAACGUCAAACUCCUGAAGGUUGACGAGGACAGCGCUUUGCACAAUGAUCUCCAAAUUCUCAAAGAGAAAGAAGGAACAGAUUUCAUCCUCCUCAACUUCUCUUUUAAAGAUAACUUUCCUUUUGAUCCACCAUUUGUAAGGGUUGUAUCCCCGGUGCUGUCAGGGGGGUAUGUUUUGGGUGGCGGUGCCAUCUGCAUGGAGCUCCUUACAAAACAGGGCUGGAGUAGUGCCUACUCCAUUGAAUCGGUGAUCAUGCAGAUCAGUGCGACGCUGGUGAAAGGGAAAGCACGAGUACAAUUUGGAGCCAACAAGAACCAGUACAGCCUGACAAGAGCACAGCAGUCCUACAAGUCUCUGGUUCAGAUCCAUGAGAAGAAUGGCUGGUAUACACCGCCCAAGGAGGAUGGCUAGCGUGGAUGCUGCAGGACCAAUCUUGAAUAUCCUCUGGAUGCUCUACUUGGAUCUUUGUGAUGCCUUUUGGCUUUCUCCCAGGAUGUAAUAGCUCUGCCUGUUGCAGGACAAUACUGGCUGUUCAAAACUCUAAAUAACUGUUUAAGGAGUUGGACUGACCCAGAACACUUGCUGGGCCCAUGCUAGCAGGCAUUCUUGUUAAAACAAACUCUCGAGCCUCUUGUAUUACUGGAAACUUUUGACUAUACUCCAGUCUAGAGCAUCCUCCUUACCUAUGCUAUGGAUUUAAUUUAUUUUCUUAUUUCAUGUACACUGCUUUUUUUUGUUACGGUGUAUGAUGGAUGUGUAUGGAAAAUGUAUCUUUGGAGAAAAAUUACAGUUUGUUAAUUUGAGAA